CCCCCCUCAUCACUCCCACCGAACAUAAAAUGUCUCCCAAAGGAACCAAACACAAAACUCAUCGAAACGAGUCUCAUAGCCAGGAUACCUCAGGGAAAAGUCUCGAAGAAUCAAAAUCGUGACCCGGGUUUUAUUCUUGCUUCACUGUCCACACUUGCUCGCUCUGGGUUGAGACUCGGCAAGCUCUAGCAAUAUUUUGAAGCGAUGUGGAGGGUUAUUGGUUAUUUCCUUUUGAGAAGGGAAGGAUGGAUGGAUGGAUAUAUGAGAAUGAUGAUGAGAAUGCGGGAAGGGAAAAUACCUACCUACCUGUCUUCGUUGAAGGAAACUUCGUACACAGGAAUAUGUUCAAAUGAUAUCCCUAUGGUUGGAGAGUACUUUAUGCAUGAAUCAACGAAUAUUGUGUUAUUGAUGAAGAGAAAACCGAACUUGCGAGAAAAAUUCGAGGUUUUCAUAGAGAUCCUUAGCUUAAACGCUAGUAAGAAACUAGCUUAGUUCAGGUACAGCCAAUUGGUCAAUCCCAAGAAACCCACUUCAGCCUCGCCAGCAAGGCAUUUCGCGCCAUUCAUGGCGGGCGAACUUUAUGAUCAAUCAACUCCCAACUUAACUUUUUACUGCCAGUCCACCUCUACCCAUAAGAAAUAUCCUUUACGCAACAUUUUUUUUCGCAUGCUUUGUACACAAAAUGGUACUCCCCCCAAACUCUCCCUCCUAAAUACAAAACUAACAAAAACCCAGCCCCCAAAACGUAAAGACACCUCCGCGCCAGCAGCAGGACCGCGGUCCAAGCUAGCUAAAGAGAAUAAUAUUACCGCCGCGGAAGAAACAGAGAUUAAAGAAGCAUUUUCUUUAUUUUCGCAGAAGAUGGAUGGCGAAAAGGAGGGAGUUAUAGCGAUUGGUGAUGUGAGGAGAGCGUUGAUGUAUGUGUUAUUCUUUUGCGCUUCGAAGAGCUUUCACCUAUGUCCUCAAUCCAUGGAAUAGAAAGAAAUAUGAUGCUAGAAAGUAUAUAUUAACAAGAAAAUAGCGCAUUAGGCCUAACGCCCACCGCCUCCGAACUGCGCGAAUACCACAGCAUUCUCGACCCCGAAGACGAAGGCUAUACUAUCUACCGCCAUUUCCUUGCCAUUUGCGCCAUUAAAUUUCAUUCUCGGACUCGGACGUCGGAUUCGCAUAGGAAAGAUGUGGAUGAUGCGUUUAGACUUUUUACGAAUGCGGGACAGAAGAGGGGCGGAAGUGGAGGUGGAGAGGAUAUGGGAAGAAUUACAAUGGCGACGUUGAAGAGAGUCGCAAAGAUUUUGAAGGAGGAUGUGGAUGAAGAGUUGUUGGCUAGUAUGUUGUUGGAGGCGAAUGGGGGUAAAGGGGUAGGACAGGGGGUGGAGAAGGAUGAGUUCGAGGCGGUUAUGAGGAGAGCGGGGAUGUGGAGGUGAGGGUUGGGUGAAUGAGUUCAUUUGAUACAUGGCCUGGGAAUUUGAGUGCAUGACAUAUUUGAGUUUGGAGUUAUGGUGCUCAGGAGGCUUCCUGGCGUAGAGUUUCUGGGAAUAAAUUCGAUAUUACCAUGGAUGGAGUCACAUACACAGACAACAAAGAAGUCUAGCAUAGCGUUGUUUGUUGCAUAUCUUUCAUUUAUUUAGUUGUUGCUCUUGAU